GAGCCUCUAUUUUUGGCGGUUGAAAUGCUAAAUUAAUUAUAUUUGAACCUUCUAUCUAUUCAUAUAUUAUUAUCGUCAUAUUUUGGUGUUAACCGGUACUAAUAAUAAUUGCAUAUUUUUAACAGUUAUUAUCUGCUCGAGUUUUUUAAAAUGUCUUUUAAGGACAAUAUUACUAUUUUUAACCAAGAGUUAAUUGAAAUCGUUAAAAUUAAUCCUUGGAUUUAUGAUAAGAAUUUUAUAGAUAUCUCAGAUCAAAGCAAGGAGGCAAUGUGGGUUCAAAUAGACGAAAAACUAACAAGCAUGGGACUCGAUAUUAAAAAUGGCUCUAAAUCUCGCUGGAAAUGUUUGCGAGACCAAUUUGUUCGCAAAGAUAAAAUGACGAAUCCAUCUUGGAUUCACUACAAUGAAAUGCUUUUUUUGAGACCACAUAUUUCACAUAGAUACGGAAAAAACACAACUUCUUCAUCGUCUGAUGUUUCUUCCAUACCUCCAGCACCGUUGAAUAUUGCAACUUCUAUGGAUUCUCCAUGUUCCUCAACAGCUUUCAACAAAGAACCAGAGUUUCAGCAUAUUUAUACAUUUGCAAAUGGAAUACCUAUAAGAAAUGAAGGAAAUGUUCAAAUUUUAAGUAAUGCUUUUUUAAAUGAAGACCAGGAAACCAGCUUUGUUGAGGAAUCCAUUGCUAAACCAUCAACAUCUAAUCUCACAUUGAAGCGUCAUGUACCAACAAUAAUAGGAAAUCAAAUAAUCUACAAAACUCGGAACUCGCAGAUAAACAGUGAACAUAAUUUACAUUAUUCUCAAGACGAAAAUUUACAAAUCCAAUCGGAAAACCAGAUAUAUUUAAAGAAUGUCAACAAAACAUCAAUAGAUGAUGUUUAUCAUGUUGAUGGAAAAUCGUCACCUUCGUCGAUUAAUUAUUCUGUGCCAGAAACUCAAUAUAUUGCAAAUGAUGUACAUAUGAGCUCCGAAGAUUUGAAUUUUCAUAUGUAUUCAAAUAAUGAUGCUUUUUCAAAUGAAGUUCAAAAAACCUGCUCUGCUGAGGAACCCAAUGCCUUACCAGCAACAUCUAUUCUUGGAAGGAAGCACCUUAUGUCUACCUCAAUAGAAGAUCAGAAAAAUUACAAAAUUCAGAAACUUCAAACAAGUGAAGAAAUUAUGAAUUAUUCUCAAGACAAAGGUUUGGUACAGAUUAAAUUACCAGCAAAACAAAUGAAUUAUUCUCAAGACAAAGGUUCGGUACAGAUUCAAUUACCAGCAAAACAAACAAAUUAUUCUCAAGACAAAGAUUUGUUACAUAUUCAAUUACCAAAAAAACAAACAUUUCCACAAGAAAUUUACGAAGAAUCAUCGGCUUCACUAAUUAAUUAUUGCCCGCCAGAAAGUCAACAUGUUGCAAAUAAUAUAAGUGCGAACAGUUAUGAAGAAAAUCCUCCUACAACUUCGAAUAAUUCCGUAUUAAAUGAAAACAAAAAAAAAAGCUUGAAUAAAAAGAAAAAUAUUGCUUCAUCGACAACCAUAUUCAAAAAAGGGAAGACCUUUGUACCUCCUACAAAUAAAAAUAGUGGAACUUGCAACAUUGACAAAACAAAUAAAUUAAAAGUAAAAAGUGAUUUGAAGGGGAAAGGAUUGGUUGUACCACCCAUGGAUCAUUUUGCGGUAAAGAAAAUAAAAAAUAAAAGUAAGAAAACAAAAGUUGAGGAUGCAAUUCUUUCUUGUUCAAAAAAAAUUAGUUCUAUGACUUCAGAUUGCUCUUCGUUGAUUAAACUACAAAAGAAAAUAGCAAUGAAGAAAUUAAAUGGGACUAGUCACUCAAAUAAAAAAUCGCAACAAGUAGAUCAGGAGGAUGGAUUAAUGAAUCUUAUCGAAAUGGAGUGGAUAUCUCUUUCAAAAGACGAACAAGCUGAAUUAUUUCCUUCUAUUUUAAAUGAAAUGGUUAGGUUGGAAAAUAGUUAAAAAAAAGGUGAAGACAAAUCAUUUUUUUUAUUUCCUUAUUUUAAGUACACUUUUUAUUCUUUCCAACGAAAUUUAAUUUCCCUAAGUCAAAGAGAAAAGUUAUAUAUUUAACUAUUGCAUAUAAAGAAACAUGAUCUCUGAAAAAUAAGAAGACAUAUAUUUCAAAUUUACAUAUCGUUAUUUAUCUAUCACCGUCGAAUGUGUUAAAUUUCUUUUUAUGUUAAUAAUAUCGUAUUAUUCGUAAUUAUAAUUAUUUCAUUAGAAGAUGUACCCAGUACCACAAAGUAUUAAUUAAUAU